AUGGAAACAUACACAGGCUAUAUCUCAUUUGAACUUGGCCAUUUUGUCAAACCUGAAUUUGACAUUAACUUUGUUUUGUAUCCUGAAACCAAUCAAUAUGGACCAGGAAUGAACUGCAAAGCUAGCGUGGCCGAUAUCCUUGAUUCGGAACUACGAGAAUACUUGACACAAGGUGGCAUUUGCAAGGCCGUUGUGCGUGGAAGUAGUCAUGUUGCAGGCGCUCACGAACCAGGAUGGUCAAUUGGCUCAAACAGAUACUUGCGAGUGUCAUGGGUUAUGCAUGAGCCUGAAGAUUGGGAAGAGCAAGAAAGACGUUUGCUUGAAGAAGAAUCUGCCUCUGAAAAUGAAAAUGGAGCUGAAGAAGGUACCAUCAUCAUCGAUGACGAAAAUAGCGAACGCACCGAGAAGCUCAAGAACCUCCAACAAAAGCCAUAUCGUCCCACAACCCACGCUUCCAAUGUCUUCCACAAAUGCCAGCAGCACAAGGAAAAGCUCUUUUGA